GCUCUCAAACGAUAACGUGGACGCGUGUACAAAAAAAAUCCACAGCGACAGAAAUAUUUUAAUUAGCUUAGUUAAUUUACAUACCACUUCACAUGGAAUGCAGAGAUUUUGAAAAAACGAUUUACGGGACCACUUUCUUCAUGUACCAAUUAGCUAUCCCGCUACAGUACCGUACGGGCCCCGAGACCUAAACAACACGCACAGCCGUUGCAGCAGCAGCACUAUUCCGUAACUUAAGCCCGAUGUUUUGGCCUUGACAACACUGACUGUCUACAGCGAGCUAAGUAGCCAAGUUAGCUGGCAAUGAUUGCUACACAGCGCAGGGUUAUUGUUACAACAACAUACAUUAAGAAGCAUCUAGCGACCAAGCAAACAUAUUAAAGUCAUUUUCAAUCAACAUAAUUGCAAGAUAUUUCUUUAGCAUCUUACCUUUCGUUGCAGAUGUAUCACACUAGCUAGCCAGCUAUGUAGCCAGCUAGCCAGCUGCAAACUCGCUAGGCGGUAGAUGCAAUUUUUUGUUGUUGAUUAAAUUGAAAAGUAGCUCAAUUCAAUUUUGUAUAACAUAGGCAUGUAUUUCUCUACAACCCAUGUAUUUCCAAGUUCUCUCUUGCAACAGUAUUGUACAGAUCUUCAAUCAACCACGUUUGAUUAAUUGUAUUUUCUACAGACCAACAUUCGCUGCGAAUAUUUUUAUAGCUCGCUUGCUCGUCUUGUUUGUGUUUGAGGAAAAAUGGCCGUCUCCCGUGCAUCGUUUGUGAAGCGGUGGCAGAACUGAAGAUAGUGGGGAAUUAGCGCCGCUUGACGUUCUGGAGUAUAUUUGCAACGUAAUGUGCAAACCGACGGUGAUUACAGGUACACACAUUGUGUGGCUCAUUAAUCCUAGCUAUUUGGGCGAGGGUAAACGGGUUACAAUCGCAGUUUUCAAAUAGUGAUUGUAUGUGAUGGUUCCAAGUCCAUGGACUAUUAUGCUCUAUAGGCUAUUAUAGCAAUGGCUAGAUAUGAACUACACGUUUACACCAGCUAGAAUUCUUGUCUCCUCUCUUUGCAUAUCAAACAGAGUUGAAGGCGGAGAGAGUGAGACAGGCAUAGGGCGAGAAUACAAGGUGUCCGAGGAUGAGAAAGAGGUUGAGGAAUCAAACAUUAGCCCAUGUUAAAGUCCUUCGUGCCGUUUGCCUCCAUGGUUUCCACGGUGAGAGUUCGGUCAGUUCUGACUUGGUCCAUGCUGCUGGUUGCCUUGGUGACGGUGCAAGCUGAGGUACAGGCUCACUUUUCGCCCGAGUGCAAAGAGUUUAUGUACAUGGGCACCCCACCACUGGGACUUCAAGACCAAUCGCUGAAAAAGAUCUGCCAACGCUACAAUGGCAAGCCACGUUUCGCGACACUGUAUGACACAUUUGACCACAUCCCCGUGUACUCUGCGUACACUUUCAAGCGCUCUGACGGCUUCAAAAAGAUGGACGUGUCAUGGAUGUACGAGCCACAGCUUUCCACAGUCUCAACAGGAAGAGACAUGCAACCUUUUCCUCAGGGAGACCUUCACAGCAAGUUCGAGGAUGCCCAGGCUGUGUUGGAAGACUAUUCCAACGUUGUGAACUACGAGCGAGGCCAACUGAACCCUGACGAGCACCAGGCUGACCCUGACGACAAGGCCGCCACCUAUACCCUGACCAACGUGGUUCCCCAGGUCCAGGAGUUCAACAACGGGCCCUGGAAGACCCAGGAGCACACUGUCCGCCAACGCCUCAACAAUUACUGCCGCGGCACAGCGUACGUGGUCACCGGGGUAACCACUUCCGGUCACACGAUCCGCCGGCACAACCAGAACCGUGUCGGCAUACCGACCUACCUGUGGUCUGCCUACUGCUGCAUCGAUUACGACCACAACGCUCCGUUCGCGGAGCGUUCCAAGUUCCCUGCGUUCGCGUACCACGGGAUGAACGUGAAGGCCAGCACGGUGCAGGAAAUGUCUGUUCCAGACCUUGAAGGCUUCCUGAAGAAGGUCACUUAUGUCGAUAAGCGCUUCCAGAUUUUUUAUGAUAACUGUCUGCCCCCUGAUAAUAGCUUGCAUUUGCUUUGAAACCAUUUUUUUGCGGGCAUUCUGCUCAAAUGUUACAUCUGACAUCUUUCUUAUCUUUGAUUCUGUAAGAGGUCCAUGUGUUAUGAGGUAUUCAUCUCUUCAUUCACUUAGCAAUGCUGUUCUUGACCAGAAUGAUUACGGCUCUAAAUAUCUGGACAUCAUGUCCCAGUUUAUUUCCUGUUCAAUAAAGAC